ACCAAACCAAAUUGAGUCUUAAACUCGAACUCAAAACUCAAAACUUAUAUCUCUCUUUUCUUCGGUUUUGGUUUUGUAAUAACGAGAGAGCUUGAAGAGAAAGAGAGAAGAAAACACAAACACUAAUGAAGAAGAAUAUCUGAGUUUGAUUGAUCAAAGCUGAAUGGAGAAGAAAGGUGAUGAUAAUUGUAUUGUGUCCAUGGCAAAUUCGACAUUUUCCGAUGAGAAUCCGGUGGCAAGUAAUUUUGCUUUACCAAGCAUCUUUGACAUGUCAUGUGAGGGAGAUUAUAAGUGGGGGUCUUUUGGGUUCGUGGAUUUGCUUAGUGCCCAUAACCAAGAUUUUGGUGGCGGUGUUUCUUUAUUCGAUUCUUUACCACACCCACCACCGAUUAAUUUGCAGCCACUACAACAACAGCAACAGGAACAGCACCAGCACAAGAAACCACUCCCUUCACCGGCCUCCACUGUACCGGAAUCUUCAGAGGUUUUGAACAACCCAGCUACUCCAAACUCUUCAUCGAUCUCUUCUUCAUCAAAUGAAGGUGCUAAUAAUGAAGACCAAACUAAUAACAAUAAUAAAGGUGGGGAUGAUGAAGAACAGGAUCAAGAUAAGACUAAGAAACAGUUGAAGCCCAAAAAGAAGAACCAAAAAAGGCAGAGAGAGCCGAGAUUUGCGUUCAUGACGAAGAGCGAAGUUGAUCACUUAGAUGACGGAUAUAGAUGGAGAAAGUACGGCCAAAAAGCAGUGAAAAACAGCCCUCAUCCAAGAAGCUACUAUCGUUGCACCAGUGCAGGAUGUGGUGUGAAAAAGAGAGUAGAGAGAUCGUCUGACGAUCAAACCAUUGUUGUGACAACUUAUGAAGGUCAACACAUACACCCAAGUCCAAUAACGCCUAGAGGAAAUAUUGGGAUUAUGGCUUCAGAUUCAGCUCGUUUUGGUGCUACUUCUGCUUCAUCUUUUGUCGUUCCCCAGCCUCAAUAUCUUCUAAAUCAACAUCAUCCCUUUAUAUAUACCUCCUCACCUUCUCUCAACAUCACCUCUACUACUACUCCUUCUACUUUCAAUAAUCCUUCAUUUUCCCGCUUUAUUAAUCAAGAGAAACGUAUUAGUACUCCUUCGCCAGCUGCGUUGCUCAGAGACCACGGGCUUCUUCAGGACAUAGUGCCAUCACAGAUGCGCAAUGAGAACGAUGAGAAUUAGUAUUAUUUAUAUAUUGAUCUGAUCUUAUUGUACUGGUAUGUAGUUCUCUAACAUAACCCACUUCCUUCACCACCUCGAUCGUAGACAGACAUUUCAGAUUGUCUCAAUUGGGAAAUGACCAGUCCAUGGAGAACUGGUUUUGUACUUGUGAAUUUCUAUGUUUAUUCUUUCUUUGUAUCUAGAGAUGAGACUAUCCAGAUGUGGAGUUAAUGGGUUUUGUAUCUUCCAUUUUACUUCAGUUACUAUUUCCUCUUUUCGCUUA